AUGGAUUCAUCCAAUGUUCCAAUAGUCAUCGAUCUUUUGUCUUCGGGUAAACUAAAAGAGAGGAAUAAUGGAUUAGAAGAAUUGACAACGCUUUUGAAGCAGGACCCCACGAGUGUACCCUCGAAAUACUUGUAUUCAAUAUUACAGGUUCUUGUUGAUAUCAUCGAAUUGGAAAGAACCAAAUAUGAGAGAUUGGCAAUUGAUGAAGCCAAUUCUUCCGAAAGCAAAAUAACUGCGAUUGAAAACAGACUCUCGUCAGCCUCCUACGUGGUAAGGCUUCUGAUACAGACGCGCAAUGCGAACUUCAAGUCGAAACAUGUCAAAUUCGUAAUCGCUACGUUACCUCAUCUAAUGAUUGACGUGGUUACUGGUGAUCUGGCCACUAGUGUUAGCCUACACUUAUUGUCUUCAUUGGAAAGCUUGAUAAAUAGCGAAUGCUUCCGUUUGAAAUUCGAGCCGCACCAGUGGAUCAGCUUAGUAGAGAAAUUAUCUACUUUGUUGUCUACACAUUUAAACCACUCUCUUAGCAGCAAGAAUGUGCACUGCCUGAUGGAUAUUUUGAGCUCCCUUUUAUUGUUGAACACGGCUUGUUUACCCCAAGUCGAUUCUCAUUUCAUUGAGCCCAUAGUAAAAUAUCUGAGCAACUCCAAGACCGAGAAUGCCACCAGCAAAGCGGCACUGCGACUUCUCAACACGUACGUCCUGCAAACUCAUUUGUUUGGCUAUCUCAACUGCCUCGAGGUGAUGGAGACUGCAAUGAGGUACUUUUUGUCCAUUCGAAAAUUCAGUACAUCAGGAAUGGACCACGAGUUUGCAGUUUUCAAUAUUUUUCUCAGUACAUUCAUCAAUUCGCCUCUUUAUUUGAAGAUGCAGUCGGGCGAAUUUACUGUUAAUUUUGAUACAGACCGCUUUCUUGACAUUCUAGAGGAUUACACUGCCGCUACCUUGACUAAUUUUGAUCCUGGAAGACUAGAGUUGGAAAGUUUCCAGUUCAAAAAUUUCCAUGUAGAGAAAAGCUGGCUCGAGUUUCCAGAUUUUCAACUACGCCGUGGGUUCGAUAUUAAUCCAUGUAUUGAAGCAUUUGCCGCCGUCCAACUAAUACGCACGUUUUUUUGCAUAAAAGACUCGCAGCGUGGAGAUCUGGGACAGGGGAUAUUUUUCAAGAAAGCGAAUACAGGUAAGACUCUUUCUGCUUUUUUCAAAGAUGUUCUAGAUAUCGUUGGUCUCAUUGAGCGAUGUGUUGAAAGCGGUCAAGAAAAACUUCAACUCUUAGGUCUUCAAUUAUGCGGCUUUUACGCAACAAAUUUUAAUUUGCAUCCCACCGACAUUCAUCGCCUCGCUGUAGUAGUCUUCCAGAAGUUCGAAAAACGACAUUUUGAGGGCUGGGUCUGUUUUGCAUUGCUGCCUCUUGUGUCGAAUAGCAAUUGUCGUUUAGAGCUGGGUCUAAUUCAGAAAACAUUUGUGUUAUGCCUUCCUUUCGUCAAAUCUCGAGAUUUGUGUAGAAGUGCAUGCGCUCUUUUGAAGAACUUAAUGGAGUUUUAUGGUCGCGAUUUGAUUUCGGAUGUCACCAUCUGUCAGCAGGUGGAUCAUUUGUUUGAAUUAGCUGACGUUAACGGUCCUGCACUAGUUAAUGAUGAAACUUUUGCAUUUUGGAAAUGCCUCUCAGAACUCGAUUUCUCUCAUAGGCCUCGGGCACAAAUUCUGCCUUCAACUAAUAUCUUGGCUUGGUUGAAAUGCAAGUGGGAGCAAAUUGCUUUUAAAAAGCCCGAGCAGGAACACUUUUAUCUGUUUGUGGCGUGGCUUGCGGGCAGUUUUCCUGACGAUGAAGGUCAUUUUCGAAGAAGCUUAUUAGCGCCUCAAUCAAGCUUGUACUUCUCUGCCUGGGAAAAUUAUGAUGAAGAGCGACAAUGCCUUUUAGCUACUCCGGUCGGUUCGUCGCAUUCAAAAGUAUCAAAGGUAGCCGCACGGUUCUCCCCUGAACCUAAUGCGCUUUCACCAUUCUGGCGAGAUUUUACUAAUUUUCCGAGAGAUCCAGGAAGGGGCGAUGCAGCAAAAUUGAGAUGGUGCUGUGAAGCAGUGAAGCUAAGUUUUCAUCUGGCCGGUAAUGAAAGUUUUAUCAGCCAUUCAGAGGACUUGAGUGAUCAAAUCGCUACUGUAGCUAGCAGCAUUCAUGACGCAUAUAGCUUCUUUUCUCGGAGCUCUUUGAAUGAAAUAUAUCAAUUAAGGUCGUUUGCCACUCGUUCGCACGUCUUGUUUUCGAAUUUGGGAAUUUCAAAACCUCUAGAAAAGCUGAGAAAGAUUUUCCUGAACGAGAACGUCUUGGGUUCCAAUGAACACUUGAUGGAUGAAUUUGAGGAUGCGCAUGAAUUGCGGUCACAAACUUCGACACCUAAAGCUAAUUCAAAUGAGCUAGCCGACGAUGACAUUUCUGUACUGAACGAUGUCUUGAAGCUGUUAACCAUUGAAGGUUUACUCAUUUUUGGGAUUACAGAUGAAGAAAAGCUCAAAAAUCUUGUUUCACUCUUACAAGGGCUUCCGGAAAAUUACAUCGCAGCGGCAGUUCCAGCCGUUUCUCAUUUUCUGCAGAAACUUGAUGAAAAAACUAUCUAUUUGUCUUUGUUGGAGGAGUUAACUCAGAUAUUCGCAUCCACGUUGCUCGGCGUCAAAUACAACACCUCUGAUGAGGCAAUGUCCAGACUAGCAACUUACUUAGAUUCAAUUCGGUGGGCAUGGCUGUCCAACAAAGAAGAUAACUUACAGGCCGAUUUGACUGACAUUUUUCACUGGAUUAUCACUAAGCUUCACGAGAAUCAGUUUUGUGAGAUCACUGCAAUCACCAGCAUAUCUAAGCUCCUCUUAGAUAUGUUAAGAUUUCAUGACCUUUCUAAUGGAGUGGCUACAGGUGGGAAACAGAAAGUGUUUGGAGACCUGAUUCUUUGCAUCCAGCGCCUGCCUCUGUUUGCGAUCUCGAAAGCAAUAGCAGGAAUACAGCAUUACCUGUCUCAAAUAAGCUACAAAAACCAGAGCAUAGUCUUCACUGAGAUAGCGACCAUCUUCGGGCCGUCUUCGAUCUCUUUCGAGGGCCCAGCUUUCCAUGCCCUAAUUUUGUCGAAAAUAGCUGUCGCGUCUACCUGUCAAGCAGUUUUGUCCACACUUGAUAUGAUGAACGGUCGAGAAAAUGUAUUUGCGUCGUUUUAUGGAAAGCGCUGUCUCCAGAUCCUUGCUCACACGAACAAAUUUACCAGCGUGCAAGAGCUAUUUUACUUUAGUCGUUUUGAAGUCAUCGAUCAUUGGUAUAGAGUAAGUCUUGAUGAUUCAUCAAGGGCCUUAGGUUCAUGGCAAGCAUUUGCGUUCGACUUUGAGUCCGUCGAUACUUUUUUGAAACGGUUCGCAGUUGAGGUCUCUGCUGUCUAUUUUUCUCAAAAGAGCAAGUUAAGCUUUCUCAUUGAAAAGCUCAUGGAGGUAAAUGGGAAAACAGAGGCAGAUCUUUUAGUAGAAUGCCUCCACUUAGUUUUACCACUCUGUCACACUACCAUCUGGAGAUCUGAUGAAGUAUUGAGACAACUUCGAGUUACUCUUGGUAAACAGUACACGAAGCUCGUCGGGAAACUUUCUCAUGAGAUCACAUACUGGGUACUAAAUUUCACGGAGUUAGACGUGCUUUCCGACUUGAAUUCCGCCUUUAAAAAACUCUUCCCUGGGUCUGCUCUGGUGGAAGCUUUUGUCGAAGACACUUGCACGAAGGUCAAAAGCCAGUCGCGCAUUCGUGUAUCAGCUUCGACAUCUUUGAGUCUACUCAAGGUGCACAUUCAAGCUCAUCGCUGGGGCAGCCGGGAUUAUGACUUUUUAUUGUCAAGACUUGCCGCAGAACUGGAAAUGACCAAACCAACUCACUUAAGAAUUAACAACUUAAGACAACUGAAAUGCGUCUUGAUUUUGGGAGAAAGCUAUUUGGAAAACUGUACUUAUUUAACAAGAUUGGUCCGAAUUUUGGCGCAUACGUUCGAAAAAAAGGAACUACGUUUGGAGUCGCAAGGCCUCAUUAGAAGAGUUAUUAACUUUAUCUCCCUUUGUGCGGAUCGUCAUGAGGGAGCAGUCGAAAUGUACGCCGCUGUUUUUUCAUGCUUGCUAGUCGACUACUCUUCCUCAGAUGAUCCCAUCAUUAACGAUUUAGAGCGCCAGGUGAAGCUUGAGGGGUCGCGUGCAAUUCAAAAUCAUGCCAGUUUAUGGAAUUCUUGUUUGAAUAUCUUGAAAGGGGAGCUUUUGACCACGGAUGUUUAUAUGGAUGAUGACCUGCUAAGGACUGAUGUUCCAUCAAAGGAAAGGUUUCUACUUCUCUCCCAGAUAUAUCGCUACCAUGCGGAGCCGCGACCAUUUCCUUUGAAUUUUGAAUUCUCAAAGCAAGUGACAAGGAAUUUAUUGACACUUCCGGAUUUGCAGGCAGCGACAACACCAAACUUCGAUCUAUGGAGGGGGUACUACGUUGGAGGGUAUUAUUUAAAGAAUGCUUCGCUGCCAAAACAACUAUCGAAUAGGUCAAUCGUUUCUCAAAAAGCUGCUCUUCCUCUCGUCAAUGUUGUGGCUAACAUAAAUGAGUUUCGCAACACCACGACGAAUUCUAAAUCUUUUUUCCUUAUUUCAUUAGUCCUGUCGCUGAUGGCGGGCGCAAUCUCGAAAGAUUGUACUCAAGAAGCUUACUCUUGCGACAUCUUUCCGCUGAGUGAUCGAGAAUUUCGAUUACUUCCGGCACUGAGAAUCGCCUUUGUUGUAGAGCACGCUUCGGCAGGUGAAGUAAUUGGCGACACAAACCGCAUGCCUUUCGCGGAAUGGAUAGCAAAAUUGCUUACUGCUUUGAGCCACGAGCUUGAUUUUUUGUUGCCUGGGUUCUGCGCAGUUGCAGCUUUGGUGCAUGAAAAAUUGGACUUUCUGGAAGCGCUUUUCUUAGACAUGCUCUUGGUCCUGGAACGAAUGGAUUCGAAACGUGCCUCCGCAUUUAUAUCGCUUUGCUUCGAGGCAUCCGAUUUCUUGACAGCUAAUACCAAUGCUGUCGAUUUCCGCCCAAAAACCCUUCUCAUACUACAUUUGUUUUCUCUGGUUAAGUCUGAAGCUGUGAAGGGCAACAUUUCAUUUAAGGAGCUUUAUUCGAGGCUUGAGCUCAAGAAAUUUUUCAAUCUUGCUUCAAUGGUGGACAUGGUUGAGCUCGCCUUCAUGCUGUUCGAAGAGUUUACCACUAAUAUCAAUUCGGGCGAUGUAAAAAUGAUGCAGCCUGUAUUCCAUGGUCUGGGCGAUUUUGAUCUAAUUCAAGCUUUACCUAUAAAGCCGUCACUCGAGUCCGCUUUCUCCUCUGUCAAUGAGUUCAACUCAAGAAGUUUCAAGAAUUUCAUGUUUAAUAACAGUAAGUUUGACGUCGAUACCGCAACGGGGAAGAGCCCACAAAUACAAGACCUUAUCAAGACAAGCAGUUUGAAUGGUUUUAGCGGAUUAGCAGAUGUAUUGCGCAAUCUUAACACUAAUCAAGAAUACAGUGAGAAACAGGAUUCUUUUGAAUGGUGCUUAAGGCUGAAUAGAUGGGAUAUUCCAGUUCCCGAGCACUUUUCCGCGGACUCAGACGCCCUUUACGCACUAUCGAAGAAAAUGUUCAAUUCCCCUCACAAUACUAUCGAAAUAGUGAGAAGUCAUUUGAAAGAAGUUGUUGCCGACUCGACCUUAUUUAAUGAAGAAAAAUCAUGGGCAAGAUCAUUAGUUGCCGCCAUAUCUGCUGAAAUGUUCAACGAAAACGCCGAUAAUUCACCAUUUUUAAAAGUGCUUAUGGACCAAAUCGAACUUUACGAUAUCAAAUGCAUUAAGCAAACCUCAUUUCUUGAUCAUCAAGUGCAAAUGAAAGGGCGGCAGAGCAUUUUGGGUCUUUCGAACAAUAAUCGCUCAAUAAAGAUCAAUGUUACAAACUUGAAAGUUUGCGAGCUACUCGAAAUAUCGAGAUAUGCCUCUCUAUCCCGAGAAAACCACGAUUUACAAGAGUCUCUGACGUCAGCGAUGCUGCUCGAUAAAAAAGUCACUUCAAUGGCCGUAUCGUCGAACUCUGAUGCAUGGAAACGCUUGACAUGUUUUGAGGGUGCACAGGCUCUCUGGCUGCAAGGAAACACUCAAGUAGCGGUUUCGAUACUUGAGGGCCUAUUUCACGAUGUUGAAGAUGUUGAUUUGGACAAUACAAAUCAAUUGGUAGGAAAAGCCAACAUUCCGCAAGUCCAAGUAAAAGCCCUAAUAGCUGAAUGGGCUUCACUGCUGAGGAAAGAAGAUGCUCAGUCCAUAUACGCCAAAUACAUUUCUGAGACAGAAAGCGAAGUGUCUGAGGUUGAAGAAUACAAUGAUCGUGCCAGAAUUUUCCUUAGAUUUGGUGAGUUUUGUUUCAAACAGCUGAGACGACUCGAAAAUGAUGCAACAGCUAGUGAGCGACAAUCGCGCUCUGAUCACGGAAAAGUAGAACUUUCAGGGCUAUUGGAAAUUGUUCGAGACACAAAUGCGCACGAGCGAGAUAGAAAAGAGGCCAAAAAACAUUUUAACAGAUUGAAGCUGCAAAUUGAACAAGAUCAAGAGAUUCUGAUCAACCUAUCCAAACAGCAGAAACUUUUUGCAUGGAAAUCUGUGCAUUUUUUUUUAAGUGCAUUAGUAUAUGGGGAUAGGCUGGAUGAAGACGUUUUGGAUAAAUUUUGUGGGUUAUGGUUCCAAUACGCUGACGACGGGGAACUCAACUCGAAAUUGUAUCAUGAAAUUAGCUCAAUUCCCAGCUUCAAAUUUCUCCCGUGGAUUCAUCAGCUAACCUCCCGCCUCAGUAUGGAUGGUACAUCGUUUCAGCGCAAUUUACAGCUCACACUGAAGCGAGUGAUGUUCAAGCUUCCGAACGAAACCUUGUACCCGCUGGUCAGUCUCAAAUUAUACAAGAAAGUCCAGCCGAUAAAUGAUCCAGGCAUACUGUUCAGAGUGAAAGCAGUGGAGAAACUUUUCGAAGAAUUAAAACGGUAUGACAACGGCCAAUUCUUCAGAGAUUAUCUCGAUCCCAUAGAGGAAUUCUGCCAAAAGUCUGUUGAUUUCUCAUGCAUGAAAGCUCCAAAGGAAAGUCGUAGUAUUGACCUGAGGAGUUUGAGAUUUGGCAAGUAUUGGCUUGAAUCAAUAGGGCAGCGAGCCUUAUCUCUACCAACUAUUUCGGCAACUAUAUCGUGUUCGGCAGAUGGUCGCAAAUCGCGUCCAACAAUAACGCACCUUGAUCCAGUGGUGCACAUUUCAUCGUCGGGGCUAUCGCUUCCAAAAAUUGCGACAUUUUACCUAUCUGACGGAACUAAGCAUAAGGUUCUCUUGAAGGGAAGUAAUGACGAUCUCAGGCAGGACUCGAUCAUGGAACAAGUUUUUAAACAGGUUAAUCAGAUUUUGAUCAGAAACGAGCAAACGAGGAGGCGAAAUUUGCGGGUGAGGACCUACGAAGUUGUUCCAUUAGGUCCUCAAGCUGGGCUUAUUGAGUUUGUCGCCAAUUCCGUUUCUCUUCAUGAGGUACUGAAUAAGUUGCACAGAAUCGAUCAAAUGCCCUUCGACAAGGCCCGAAAACUGAUGAAGCAAAGCCAAAGCAAGCCACUCAAGGAUAGAGUCGAUAUCUAUUCAACAAUAUGCCAGUCAAUAAAACCUCAACUGCGAACCUUUUUUUUCCAAUCAUUCGGGAAUGCUCAGGAGUGGCUGGAUGCAAAAUAUGCGUAUACUAAAGGAGUCGUUACAACCUCUAUUGUGGGCUACGUUUUAGGGCUCGGUGAUAGACAUUUGAAUAACAUUUUACUGGACAAGUCCAACGGCGAGCCCGUACACAUAGACUUGGGCGUUGCAUUUGAUCAGGGAAAGUUUUUGGCUAUUCCAGAGCUUGUACCCUUUAGACUGACUCGAGACAUGGUUGAUGCUCUUGGAGUAACAGGAGUUGAUGGAAUCUUUCGUAAGAACUGUGAACGGGUCUUUUCUGUUUUGCACACAGAACGUGAUAGAGUGAUGAGUGUUUUGAAUGUGCUGAAAUGGGAUCCGCUGUACUCUUGGGUAGUGUCGCCACUGCGAAGGAAGAAGCUGCAGGCCAACAUCUCCGACGACAGUGCCGAGCUUGGAGUCAAUGCCAGCGCUCUUGGCUCAAAAGAGGAUAAUAACGAAUCAAUGAGGGCAUUGAAAGACGUUCAAACCAAACUCGAAGGAAAUGGUUUGAGCGUCGAGGCUACAGUUCAAGAACUUAUCCAGCAGGCCACUGAUGUAAACAAUCUAGCAACCAUCUACAUGGGAUGGUCGCCAUUCUACUGA